AUGAUUGAGCUAUAUGGUUUCGAUAACGCUUCAGAAUGUGCGUUUGGAGCGUGCAUCUAUGCAGUUAGUACCAAUCAUCAAGGUAGUAUUCAGUCGCAUUUGAUCUGUGCCAAAUCGAAAGUGGCACCACUAAAAACUAUAUUCUUACCACGACUAGAGUUAGAAGCAACUCUAUUUCUCGCACAAUUGUACAACACAGUUAGAGCAGCUUGCAGAAACAAAAUCAGCAAGGUGCGACUAUGGAGCGACAACACGAUCACCCUAGGAUGGAUUCAGAAGCAACCAUGCGACCUCAAGACAUUCGUCGCUAACAGAGUGACGAAGAUUCAGAACCUCACAGAAGAGGCUCUGUGGCAGCACGUACCAUCAGAAGAGAACCCGGCUGAUCUUCUAUCAAGAGGGGUGUCAGUCGAGAAUUUACAGGAAAACGACCUCUGGUGGCAUGGUCCACAUUGGUUAAGAAGCUCAAGUCCACGACCAGCCGCAAGUUUGGAAUCCGAUAACGAUUUACCAGAGUUGAAGGCAGCACCAAUAAUUUUAACGAAGCAUCCGAUCGUUUUACCUGCCAAACACCACGUGACGACAUUGAUAAUGAAGGAGCGACACGAACGACUUCUUCAUUGUCCACCAGAGCAGCUUUUACACGACAUCCGGCAAUGGUUCUGGUCCAUUAGUGGACAAAGAGAAACCCGUAAGGUCGUUACAAGAUGCAUUAAAUGUUUUCGCUUCAAGCCAACAACUCCUGAAGUGAUAAUGGGAGAUGUACCAGCCGAACGAAUCAAGGGAUUUUCACGUCCAUUCACUACAACUAGCGUUGAUUAUGCCGGUCCUUUCUAA